UCUUACAUUCGUCCUCGCUAGCUUCCCGCUGGUGACGAUCCUAGCUAGGGGAGAGGAUCGCUUGAAGAAGGCACAGCACGUUUGACGAAGUAAAGCCAAGUUUAAUCUCGACGAGUAAGUAGCAACUCGGGGGAAAGAAAGCGAACAGGUAUCACCAGCAACUUGGCACCGUUGAUUCUCUCCCCUGGAUCCCUUUUGUGCUAAGAAUCCAUCCAGUCACUCCCAUCAUAUCAUUCACCCAGUGGCCCAUACAAAGCUGCCUGUCCAUCGUCACCAGUGCAAAAAAAAAAGCCAAAACACACCAGCAAGUAAGCAGCUUUGCUUGUUCAAAUACACCAUUUAUUUAGCCAUUAGGGAACUCCACACAAACAUACACACUCGCGCAAACAUCCGCACACAAUACUUGACAGCAUCAUGGCUUCCAUCACCAAGUCGUCCGAGCCAGAGAUUGCGGACAACCACAGGGACAGCUGGGUGGCGCUCCUGGCUGCCGCCGAUGCAUACUGCCAAAAAUCUGGCUCCGAGCUGGCCAUCCUCACGGCGUGCAAGAAGUUCCGCUCCUCAGCGCCAGAAACGGACGCCACCAAGAAGAAGAUGUGGGAGGGCAGCGGUGGUGGCUUUCCCAGGGAGUGCGAGUUCUCGUACAGCGUUUGGGGUCAGGGUUUCUUGGCCGAGUCGGUGCGGCGCUACGUGGACGACAUUGGCGUGUUGCACUCCACCACCUUGCUGACGGCACAGAGGCACACACGACACGCCGCCGCGGAAAUCACAUCAGAGGCCGGGCGCAGUGUGCCUCAUCCUUGUCAUUGGUUGCAGAACGUGACAGGUGAUGGUUUGCUGGGUGGCGUCAGCCCCAACAGCAGGGUGUACUCGCAGAACUACCCGUCCAUCUACAGCUCAGGAGCCAUCCCGGGAGAGGGCAACAACGGCGAGCGCGACAAAAGUACCCUUGAGGCCACCCGCCAGGGCAGGCAGCGCUCCGGCAUUGUCGACCUGGAAGAAGAAUGCGAGGAUGAUGAGGACGAUGAUGAAGAGGAGGACAUGGAUGAGAAGAGACCCUUCGGCAAUGAGAGCUCAGGUGUGUUCUCCAUGGAUGAGGACUCGCUGUGUCGCGACUGCGAGCCCUUCUUUGAAUCUGACGGUGAGGAGGAGAGCACCGAUGGCUCAUUGAGCGAGGAGGCGCCAGCGCCCUCACGGGGCAUGGCCGUGGGCCACCACAGCAUGCACGCAUCACGGCACGCCCACCCAAUGGCGCUGGCCCGCUCGUUGCCCGUCUCUGUGCCUGUAUGGGGGUGCAAAGGGGGGCGGGUGGCUCCAGCGGAAGGCAACAGCGGAGAACGGGUGGGCUGCGCCGAUUUGGAGCACAUUGCCGCCAGCAUGAAGGCCCUUCUGGCUCCUGGUGCCACUGAUGGGACAGAAAUGUUCGGGGCCCUGCCACGUCCCAGAGUUAACACUGGUGAUUUCUCGCUCAAACACUGAGUGCGAGCGCAAGUGGCAACAGUCGUAUGCUAUGUGAAAGCUGCGUGGGAGAAAAAAAUGCACCUCCAUUCAUCUCUCGCUAAUUUAAGGAGGUAAUGCAACACAAAAAAAUGGCUGACGACGCACCUGGAAAGUUCAGAAAUGCUACACUAAUGUGUCACAGCCACACUAAGGGGCGCCACAAUUUCUUUUUAAAAAAUGUUUUUUGUUUACUUUGUUGGAUGACCCACGCUCUAUGUGAAUCCUACAUGCUAAGGUUUUUCGAUGUGCACACGGGUGAGUAGAACUGUUCCACAGCGUUUAAAAUAUUAAAUAAUUGCAAUUAAAACACUAAUUUACACUUUAGGUUGUAACUAUGUUAGCUUUUACUUAGCAUCUUAAAAAAGUGUUUCACAGUUUGUUCUACAUGGAAGGAUGACUUUUCAGAAGAGUACAGACACAAAAAUUGAUCAGAUUAGCAUGUGUGUGAGUUAAUUAGCAUAGCCAGAGAGAGCAGGCAAACACUCCAAAAUACACAAUCUGUUUUCUAUAUGACUACUACGAUAACAAAAGUAUUAAAAAAAAAUCUGCUAGUAAUGCUGUGACGCAGAAAAAUCACCAGCAAAACUUGCAAUUCAUCAGCCAGCUACAAAUGGCUACAAAAAAGAUUGACUCCUCCAAAUAACAUUUUUGCAACAACUUAAUACUUUUCAGAAGCACACAUAUGCAGACACAUAAUUGAUCAGACUAGCAUCUCUUAUGACAACAUUUAGCCUGCUUAAAUUAGCUUGGCAUCAGGUUAGCAAGCAGGAGGCUAGCUAAUCUGCCAAAAUACAUAUCACCAUUUGUUUUGGACACAAAAAGUAAGAUGAAAGUAAAAUAUGUUUUGGUAUUUGGCUGGGAAAGUUGCUCGCCAAUCAAAGUACCGGUAGUCGCUAAUUAGGUCACAGUGUUAUGGACUCUACAAAACAACCUGUUAGGAUUUGAUUAAAAACCAAAAUACCUCAAAACAAGAUUUUGAUUAUUUAUCUCACAAUAUUGAUGGUGCUAAAAUAAGCUAAGAUAACCUAACUACCUAACGGCACAAAUGAAUCAAAACGUAACAACGUUUGUGUCGGUCUUCUGAAAUGUUAAUCUUUUGCACCUUCCAUCAUUGUUGAUGUGGUUUAGCGUGUGCUCUGUUAGCAUGGGGCAGACCGAUGGUAACAAUGGCUCCUGGUGCGUCGUCAGGCCCUCAUUCAAAAACAUUUGUUCUCCUUGAAGAUUAAAAUGUGAAAAGCUAAUGUUGAACAUGUUGGCACACCAGCAGCACCUCUCAUAUUUCAUCAUUCAUAAGUCCUAAUUUACAUAUUUGCCUCUUUGUACUUUGCAAAUCGGUGACUGACUCGUCCAAUGAUUGUACUUUAAAUGUUUGGGGUUUUUUUUGAAGUUGAACGAAUGACCGAGACUGACAGAAGUGAGACGGAAAAAGUUAGAUUGAAAGUAAAAGUGAAAUGUCAAGUGGCAUUUGGGUGGAUGUUGUUGAAGUUCUUCUUUUAUGUUUCUAAUAAAGGAGAAACACCAAGCGAGA